GCGGGCGAGGUGAGCAGUCUGCAAUAUCAGGACGGACAAGAGCCCUUACUAGAUGGCAAGGAGGUGGUAUCACCCACUGAAACAAGAAACGGAAACUUCUCUCUUGCAUGGAAUGUACCGCUUGCUAGCCAUGACCUCACUCUGUCAGCACGGGAGUCUAGACUGUUGUGUCCGCAAGGUACUUUGAACAGGAUGGCAAUGUGUUGGGCAGCUGUAGAAUGCCACAAACGCAGUCAUACAGUGAUUAUUUUGGGACAGUGAACAAAGAUCCUGAAGGCACUAUUUGAAAACUAUUGCUUUGAAAACUUAGCAGAGAUUUUUCUUGUUGUUGUUUUGGCUUGUAUUUUGCUUCUAUCACUCUUGAUUUUGUUCGGGUUAGAAAAAAGCCACCCCUGAAACCUGUUCUUUCCAUUGCUCCUUUCAGAACAUUUUCGAAGCCAGACCUCAAUUUCUGCAUUUAGGAAGACACCUUGUCAUUUGAGUGUGCAAUCCUCUUCCCGUUCAGUUCCAAUUGGGAUGGUAAUCAGAAGUCAGUGGAGGGAGGAGCACCGAGGAAUGGAUGAGAGCUGUGUAGGAUGAGUGUUGCAAAGAGGUUAUGUAAAAAAUGGGAUCAGGUCUUAGAAUUUAGCCUUGUAUUCCCAGUAAUGGAAAAUUUGGCAAGUUCUGAAAUUAGUUCUUACUCCCACAUUACCUACACAACUGCAUCUGAUCUUUACGAUCAUAGUUCUACAGUCCUUUGGUCUUUAGAAAUUAUGUUGACCUAUUAUUGUCACGGAUUUUGUCAAUUAGCAUAUACCUCUUCACAACUUCUUUAUAACAUAUACCAAUGCUAUGUGAUAAAAGAUUAACUGUAUUGUGACUAGAGCUGGAAAUGAACCAGUAACCAGAAGUACAUGAAAAAGAAUCGGGAGUGAAUAUUUUUUCAUGUCAUGCAAAAGAAUAUAUUCAUUUGGAGGUUUUGGUGAAAUAUGAGAGUAUAGAAUUGUUUGAGUCACUUUAUGGUCUCUAAAAAGCCUUUCUUUCUAUAAAGACUAUUGACUGACAGCAAUUUGAUGACUCCCUGUGGGCAACUGACUUCUUUGCUUGAAUUUAAGGUUGGGGAGAAGAUUUGUUUCAAGUCCCAGGCUUCGAUGGCCUUAAGCCUGUGAUGUGUGGCAGUGCCAAGGGCAGCCGGUUGGAUAACAUGCUGAAUAAGUGUUUCUGGUUGGCAGGCAAAGCCAGAAUUCUUUGGGUAUCAGAUCUGUUGAUGUCUGUGAAGCAGCAUUCCGGCUGGAGCUGGUUUAGCUUAUAAUUUAGAGCAUACCUGUCUUCUGUUAGUGAGUAUGUUGUCAGGAGAACAAAUAAUGGAGUGGAACUUGCAGAGUGACAGGCUUGUCAUCUUGCAUCAGGACACAGUGGUGUCAUGGGAAAAUACUGUCCCAAUGAGACCAAAACCCAGCCCUUUUUAAAAUGCUCAAGGACCGGCAUCAAGACGGUUGAAUGAGGCUUCCCACAAAAAUAUAAGCACUGUGUCAAUGCUGCAAGAAAUCUUGAGAUCAUCCUGUGGGGUCGAACUGAGAAAUGUCUGAAGGAGACCACAGAGGAAAUCAGGACGAUGGGGACGGAAUGCCAUUAUUUCAUUUGCGAUGUAGGAAAUCGAGAGGAGGUCUAUCGGCAAGCCAAAGCUGUGCGGGAAAAGGUGGGUGACAUCACUAUCCUGGUGAACAAUGCUGCUGUGGUCCAUGGUAAGAGCCUGAUGGACAGCGAUGAUGACGCCCUGCUCAAAUCACAGCACAUAAACACCCUGGGCCAGUUCUGGACCACCAAAGCAUUCCUGCCAAGGAUGCUGGAGUUGCAGAAUGGACACAUUGUUUGCCUGAACUCUGUCCUGGCCUUGUCAGCCAUCCCUGGAGCCAUUGACUACUGCACCUCCAAAGCCUCGUCCUUCGCCUUUAUGGAGAGCCUGACCCUGGGGCUGCUCGACUGUCCUGGGGUGAACGCCACUACAGUCCUGCCCUUCCACACCAGCACAGAGAUGUUUCAGGGCAUGAGAAUCAGGUUCCCUAAUCUUUUUCCUCCUCUCAAGCCAGAGACGGUGGCUAGGAGGACAGUAGAAGCCGUUCAGAUGAAUCAAGCCUUCCUGCUCCUUCCGUGGACAAUGCAUGUUCUUGUCAUCCUCAAAAGCAUUCUCCCUCAGGCAGCACUUGAAGAAAUCCACAAGUUUUCUGGGAGCUACACCUGCAUGAACACUUUCAAAGGGCGAACAUAGACUUGAUGGUGCAAGGACUGUUCUUCAGGGAAGCCAACACAAGCAUGAAAAUCCUGACAGGGCUGUGAAUCAGCAGUCUUGGCUCGUCGCCUGUUCAUGUGACUUGCACUGCUCUGAGGCAACACAUUUCUUGCAGGUCAUAUCCAUAGUAACGUGACCUUUGCACAGGACUGAAUGAGUAGACUAUGGACCUCUGGAAAGAAAAACAAAAAAGUGUGAAAUGUUUAUAUGAUGUUUAAUUCUUUAGAGUUCAAUUGUUAAAUCUACUUAUGGUUUUAAGAUGUAAUUUUUGUUUCUAAAUUGUCUGUAGGCUGUCUCGGCUGAGAGGCAGCACAUCACACCCCACACUUCAUCCCUUCUCUUCAGAGGAACUGCGAUUACUAACUGCUACUGGUUUCAUUUCAGCUUUUUGAAUGGGGAACUUCCAAAAUACUUGGAAGAACUGAAAGUUAUGGACAGCUAAUGGAAGAUUCCUUCCCUUCCUUCACUUGAGGUCUCUUGAUGAAGCUAUGCCCCACUCACACCAGGGAAGGAGUGAACUGUGGAGCGAUGUUUUCUUUGUUAAAGGCCACCCGGGACUUCUGUCUGGAAGGACUGUGCUGGGCCCAAGAAAGCUGUCUUACUGGGGAGGCUGGAGAGGAGUGCUCAGGCAGAGGAGCAGACAGUCUGAAUAGUGGAAGAUUCUGUCACUGAACUCAUAUAUGAAAUCUAAUUGUCUUUCUGAAUAUUUUUGUUCAUUUAUGAUAAAAUAUAUCUAUAUUUUUAGCAUUAAUCCCAGAUUGCCAUGCAUGUAGGCAGCAUCGCAUUGGAGUUGAACUAAAUCUAGAACUAAAACUAGAGGCUGCUUGUACAAACACAUAUUCACUGACAUAAUCCAUGCAGAGGAAAAUCCAUUGUAUCAAUCUGCACAGUGAAGUAAGUGGAAUAAUGCUCUAAAAAUAGAAGAGACAGUACUGUGGUGCUCAUGAAAUGUGAAGUUUGGAAGCACAGUUAGCAAAGACCUGAUUAAAUGCACGUUGAAUUCAAA